UCUCGUAACACUGUCAAAAGCGUAAAAAAAAACGUUCUGCGGCCAGAAACUUCGUCAUAAGCGUGGAAUUGUCCACAAAUAAUUGAUAGUAACUGCCCCUGGAGUCCAGUCAGACCCUCAGAAGAAGAGAUGGAGCAUCAGUGCAACUGUGGAAGCUCUCAUUCUACAGCAGAACUAGGGGUUCAGUACAAUUUGUUCGAGAAAAUUGAUACGACUGGGGCUGAGUGCCUCAACGAGUCUGAGGAUGGAGCUGGGAUCAAAGUCUUCAAGCCUUGGGAGGAGCGUCUGAACCACGACAAGUUCGUGGAGAGUGACGUCGAUGAUGAACUCCUUUUCAAUAUUCCAUUCACAGGAAAUGUGAAAUUGAAAGGGAUAAUAAUAAUCGGUGGUCCUGAGGGCUCUCACCCGGCAAAAGUCAAAUUGUUCAAAAAUAAAGAGCAUAUGACCUUCGACGACGUAGGCAUCACUCCAGAUCAGGAGUUUGAACUCGUAAAGGACGAUCACGGAGUGCACGAGUACCCAAUCAAGGUCGUCAAGUUCUCGUCAGUCCACCAUCUGAGUCUGCAUUUCGUUGGAAAUUCAGGAGCUGAGACCACUAGGAUCGAUUACAUUGGGCUCAAGGGUGAGUGGACACCUGGACACAGGCAUGGGGUCACCAUCUGCAACUACGAGGCCUUCCCCAUGGGCUCUGACAAUGCUCUCAAGGACCUUAACAAUUUCAGUCGAGAGGUUCAAUGAUUGGGGAGAAUUGUGAAGAGAAGGAGAUGUCAAUAAACUGAUUUUUUACGU